GGAGGAGAUAUUGUUUGUUUGUUAUUGUUCUUUAGAUUAGGAGGUUUAGUGCAUUGAUCUGCGGUUUCUGAGGAUAUAAAGCGGGCGAUUUCCUCUCUUCCUCUUCUUCUCUUCCUCUCUUCACAACACUCUUGCUCUCUCUCUUGCUCUCUUGCUCUGCUCUGCUAAACAUAGUAGUAUCAUGGACCAACACGCAUCGCUGCUGCUCGACGGAAACUACAACUCAGACUCCCUCUGCAACAACUACUUCUCCACCCACCUCUCAGCCGAAUACCUCUCCCUCUCGUCCUACGAGUACCAGCUCUUCGCGCCCACCACCUACCACGACAUCGUCAAGUCAGAAGUAGAACAAGCCAGCUGGAUGCUUCUUAAUUCUGCUGAAGAAGAUUCGGUUGCACCACGGGAAAGCAUGGCGGACGACAACCUCUUUCGCGAGUGUCGCCAAAACGGAGCGUCUUAUCGCUCGUCGCAAGCAAUCCCGUUCUCGACAGUAGUCUACUCCCUCCUUCCUCUCUCCCGAUGUGCGUCUUCUGGGUCGUCGUCUUCAACUACUCCCAAAAAAGCCUACUCCCUCCGCCCGAGCUGUCCCUACUCCCACCUCGUCUCCUUCGUGCUCCUCGUCGGCGGCAAAGACGAAGCAGAGCACUCCCGGUUCGAACUCAACCCGCAGCGAAGCAUGCGCGUGUCUGAGAUCUAUGCCGCGAUCGAGGCUCAUUUCGCGUUCUUUGCAAGGUUCCCGGCUGCGAGCCAUGAGGGGAAGAAGUGGAGGUCUGGGGUUAGACAUACGCUUGCUAAUUCCCUUGCUUUUGCAAAGAAGUCUUCUUCUUCUUCUUCUUCUUCCUCUUCUUCUUCGUCGACUUCUAUUUCAUAUCUCCCAUCACCAGAGUCAUCCCCCUCUUCCCCCUCCUCUUCCCCUUCCUCUUCUUCCUCUUCGCCAAUUGAAUCAGUAAACAGCAACAGCAACAGCAACAGCAACGCAAGCAAACGAAAAACAAACGCGGGAUCGUGGGGGUUUUCAGAAGCAGCUUUGGUGCAGGGGAAAGUCUUAUCUGAACGACGACUUGGUCGGAAGAGUUCUGUUUGAUCACUUUUUUGUCUCUUUUCUAGUUUUUUUGUCUUUUCUCUGUUUUUUGAGUGGGUUUGUUCUAGGUAUCUGUUGAUUACACUCAGUAUUAAUCACAGAGCAGUUAUUUUGAUUGUUUUCAGACAGGUUUUUGGAUUUUUGAUUUGACAUUUCUUUAUUCUUUCUUCAUUUCUUUAUUCUCUGAUUUCAUUCUAUCGCUUUUGAAUGACAACAUCACCAUCACCUCACAGCUCCUCUGUCAUGAGGUUGCGAGGCAGAACUGCCCGGCCUCCUCCAAACCCUCAUCCGUGUCAGAGACCUGUCAUCCUGCCUCACCUCACGAUGCUUGUCCGUCUACUACAUCUAUCCCUGCAAGAGCCCAGCCAUCUUGCCUCACCUCAGAACG